GCGAGGACUGCACAGCAACUGCAAACAAGUACACUAGUAACGCGACGCGCAUGCGCAGGCUUUCAGCAAUGUGGCCGUGCUUUGGUCGAGCCCUGCGACGCUUACACCAGCGACACAGCAAGGUGAUCGCCAAAGCGGUUUGUGCCCACAGUAGCAGCAGAGCGUUUACAGACCGCUGCUAUGAUGGGCUGUAUCCUGGACACAUCUCCACAACGCCCAUCCAGAAGGCCCUGCUGGCUGUUGGCUCAGGUGUGGCUGCGCUACAGGACCCCUACAGGCACGACAUGGUUGCAGUGCUUGGAGAGACAACAGGACACCUAGCACUGAUAAAUCUGAGGAACAGGAUGAGAAAUGACCCAGAAGGCUACACCAUCCUCAUAGAAAGGCCCAGGAUCCGGUUGUCUACACUUGACCUGAGCAAAAUGGCUUCUUUGCCUGAUGGCUCCUUUGGAAAGGAAUACCUUCGUUUUCUGGAGGACAAUCACGUGACUCCUGACUCCAGGGUCGAUGUGAAGUUUGUGGACGAUGAGGAGCUCGCGUACGUCAUGCAGAGAUAUAGAGAAGUUCAUGAUUUGUUGCACACCUUGCUGGGCAUGCCCACUAAUAUGCUGGGUGAGGUAGCAGUAAAAUGGUUUGAAGCUGCUCAGACGGGGCUUCCCAUGUGUGCCCUUGGAGCUGUGCUGGGACCCCUUCGACUGAAUACACGACGUUUACAGAAACUGGUGACAUCCCUUGGCCCCUGGGCCCUGAAGAACGGCCGACAGGCUCGGUGCGUCCUCAGCAUCUUCUACGAGAGACGAUGGGAACAGAGUCUCGAAGACCUCCGUCAGGAGCUCAACAUCGAGCCGCCCCCACUAAUGCUCAGUGCAUCCAACAAGAGCAGCAGCUGAAAACCCAAAACCAGGAACAAGAACCUAAAAGACAAUAAUGGACAAACCAGGAAUAUUUAGGAUGCAAUACAGUGGAAUUUCUAAGUACUGAGGAAAUAGAGGAAUGUCACAUUUGCCAAACUUUGGUUUGUUCUUGUGUACAUUCUAGGUCUGCUUGUCUUUAAAAUAAAGUAAAGGUUUUGAAUGAG